UACCAGAUUGUAUGUAUAGCAAAGAUGAGGUCUGUAAUAACCGUAGUUGGUCUUCUUGCAAGUAUAAUUUUGGCGACCAAUGCUGCCAUGACUACAAAGCAUCCUCAUGGUCACCAUUCAGUUACGGGUUUAUCGUUCUAUUACGACAUGAGUUCUAACAAUAUGGUGAUGAAGAAAGAUGGAUACUGUUAUUUCAUGGUUUUAACGCCAGACCAAGAAUCAAGUGUAAAGAGUCAAGAUGGGUUAAGGUUAAUUGAGGUUAGCAUGUUGACUUUACAUACCACGGCUGCUCAUCUUGGAAUGACAGGAACAGACCAUGCCCAUCUGUCACACUACAUAUACUCUCAUUUCUGUAAAAACGAGCCUUUGAUCAAGCUUGUUGAAUAAAAAAUGCAAGAAAACGUACUUUGGAAUUCGAAUGAUUGUAGAUUUGAAAAUAAGUUGAACCAUGUCUUUUAAUUCUAGGGAAAAAAAUAUAUGAUAUAGCCUGGGAUCCCAACUCAUUUCUGAGCAGCUAUGCGAAGCUUACAUUUAGCCGAAAUCUCAUGUUGUUUCGGGUGACAGUCUACAAAAAGCACUGGCAAGAAGAAAAUGUGCUUCCA